UUCUCCACUCAACUCAGCCUCUUAAAACCGAACCGGAACCGUUUCUCACUCUCGCCGCUCCCCAGCCACAAAAACCCAUCCAAAAUGGAGGCCGGCCGGCGAUCAUCGACUAAACCGGUUCAAUCUCUGAAGCCAACGAAGACGGUUUCAGUAGACGAAGAUCUCACCAAAGCCUCCGAUGCAUUACCGCUUCCUUUGCAUCUAUCCAAUGCUGUCUUCUUCACUCUCUUCUUCUCUGCAGUUUAUUUCCUUCUUUCCCAUUGGCGUGAAAAGAUCCGGACCUCCACGCCUCUCAGCGUCGUUACCUUUUCUGAGAUCAUCGCCAUUCUCGCCUUCGUCGCUUCCUUUAUUUACCUUCUGGGGUUCUUCGGGAUUGACUUUGUUCAGUCUCUGAUUCUCCGACCGCAGACUGAAGUUUGGAACUCUGAGGACGAUGAUGAGGUAGCUGAUGUUUUGCUUCAUAAAGAAGAUGCCCGUAAAGUCCCUUGCGGCCAAGCUCUUGAUUGCUCACUUCCUCCUUUGCCUCCUCCGGCACCGAUUGUAACUGUUCAGAAAGUGUUGGAUGAAAAUCCUGUGACAGUUUUAACCGAGGAAGACGAAGAAAUAAUUAAAUCCGUUGUGGCGGGAACGACCCCUUCGUACUCUUUGGAAUCGAAAUUAGGUGAUUGUAAGAGAGCGGCAGCGAUCAGGCGUGAAGCAUUGCAGAGACUGACAGGGAAGUCAUUAGAAGGAUUGCCUUUGGAUGGAUUUGAUUAUGAGUCUAUUUUAGGGCAGUGUUGCGAGAUGCCGGUUGGGUACGUUCAGAUUCCCGUGGGAAUUGCAGGGCCUUUGUUGAUUAAUGGAAGAGAGUACUCAGUUCCUAUGGCAACCACGGAGGGGUGCUUGGUGGCUAGCACUAAUAGGGGUUGUAAAGCUAUUCAUUUGUCCGGUGGAGCUACAAGUACUCUAUUGAGAGAUGGGAUGACCAGAGCUCCUGUUGUAAGGUUCGGUACCGCUAAAAGGGCAGCUGAUCUGAAGUUGUACUUGGAGGAUCCUGACAAUUUCGACACUUUGGCUGUUGUUUUUAACAGAUCGAGUAGAUUUGGUAGGCUGCAAGGGAUCAAAUGUGCAAUUGCAGGGAAGAAUCUAUAUUUGAGAUUCACUUGCACUACUGGUGAUGCUAUGGGGAUGAACAUGGUUUCCAAGGGAGUCCAAAAUGUUUUGGAUUUCCUUCAAACUGAUUUCCCAGACAUGGAUGUCAUGGGCAUCUCUGGAAACUUUUGUUCCGACAAAAAGCCAGCUGCAGUGAACUGGAUUGAAGGGCGAGGCAAAUCUGUUGUGUGCGAGGCCAUAAUUAAGGGUGAUGUUGUGAGGAAGGUCUUGAAGACUACUGUUGAAUCUCUGGUGGAGCUUAACAUGCUUAAGAACCUGACUGGUUCAGCCAUGGCUGGAGCUUUGGGUGGAUUCAAUGCCCAUGCCAGUAACAUCGUGACUGCAGUCUACAUAGCUACUGGCCAAGAUCCAGCUCAAAAUGUCGAAAGCUCUCACUGCAUCACAAUGAUGGAAGCUGUUAAUGAUGGCAAGGACCUUCACAUCUCUGUCACAAUGCCUUCUAUUGAGGUUGGUACUGUUGGUGGUGGAACUCAGCUUGCAUCACAGUCAGCCUGUUUGAACCUGCUAGGGGUGAAAGGUGCGAGCAAAGAGUCGGCUGGAGCAAACUCUAGAAUGCUGGCGGCCGUUGUAGCAGGCGCUGUACUUGCUGGGGAGCUAUCACUUAUGUCGGCACUUGCAGCUGGGCAACUAGUUAAGAGCCAUAUGAAGUACAAUAGAUCCAACAAGGAUGUUUCCAAGGCUUCUUCCUAAACAACACAUAACAAGGCAGCUUUGUGAAACCUGAAUGAAAUUAGCAUAAAGUUGCAGGUCCCAUCAAAGCCAAGGAGACAUCAUUUCUUAUCAAUUUUCUUUAUUCAUUUUGUAUCUUCUUUUUCUUUUAAGAAAUCCAUGUGAUCUGAGAUUUAUGUAACAUGAUAAAUUAAAAUUUCUCUUCUAUCAUAUCUUAGAGAAGAAUUAUGAUUUUUGCAAAA